GCGCUGGUGGCGUCAUGGGGGCGGUGGCCAAUGAGGAGGCGGGGAGGGCAGGGCCGCUUGUGUUUGAAUUCGGCGGCCGCGGCAGGCGGCGGUUGCUCGGCCGUGCGGAGGAAAGAUCCAGCUGCUUGGUCCGCAAGAGCCUUUGAAGCAAAGAAGGGGGACAAAAGGGAUGUUGCUAUGUCUGCUGCUAAGGAGGAAGAUGUCUGUAAUCAUGUGAAAGUGGUGGUCCGUGUCCGCCCAGAGUCUCAAAAGGAAAAAGAUGGCAACUUUAGCAAGGUCGUUCAUGUUGUGGACCAGCAUAUAUUGGUCUUCGAUCCAAAAGAAGAAGAAGUCAGCUUCUUUCAUGGGAAGAAACUUACCCAUAGGGAUAUUAAUAAGAGAAAAAAUAAAGAUCUGAAAUUUGUAUUUGAUGCUGUCUUUGAUGAAAGUUCAUCCCAGUUGGAAGUUUUUGAGCACACGACCAAAAAUGUAAUCGAUGGCUUCUUAAAUGGAUAUAACUGCACAGUGCUUGCAUAUGGUGCAACGGGAGCUGGAAAGACUCAUACAAUGUUGGGUUCCCCUGAAGAUCCUGGUGUGAUGUAUUUAACCAUGAUGGCACUUUAUAAUUGCAUGGAUCAAAUGAAAGAAGAUAAAAUAUGCAAUCUUGCUGUCUCUUAUUUAGAGGUCUACAAUGAACAGAUACGUGAUCUGCUGGUAAACUCGGGGCCUCUGGCUGUUCGUGAAGAUACCCAGAAAGGGGUGGUAGUUCAAGGGCUUACGUUACAUCAGCCUAAAUCAGCAGAGGAAAUCCUUCAAAUGUUGGAUUAUGGAAAUAAAAAUAGAACGCAGCAUCCCACUGAUGUAAAUGCCUCCUCUUCCCGGUCCCAUGCUGUCUUUCAGAUUUACCUAAGGCAGCAAGAUAAAACAGCUAGUAUUAAUCAAAAUGUUCGCAUCGCCAAAAUGUCUCUUAUUGACCUGGCGGGAUCUGAACGUGCCAGCGCUACAAAUGCCAAGGGGGCUCGUUUUAGAGAGGGAACAAAUAUUAACCGCUCCUUGCUAGCUCUCGGAAAUGUCAUUAAUGCCUUGGCAGAUCCAAAGAGCAAGAAACAGCACAUUCCUUAUAGAAACAGCAAACUUACUCGUUUACUGAAAGAUUCUCUUGGAGGAAAUUGCCGAACAAUAAUGAUAGCUGCUGUUAGUCCAUCUUUUCUGUUCUACGAUGAUACGUACAAUACUCUGAAGUAUGCAAACCGGGCAAAGGAUAUCAAAUCUUCUCUGAAGAGCAAUGUUGUUAGUGUGGACAGUCAUAUAAGCCAGUAUGUUAAAAUUUGCAAUGAACAAAAGAAAGAGAUUCUAAUGUUGAAAGAGAAACUGAGAGAAUAUGAAGAAAAACAAGCAAGCGUUCCUGAAAAUAGUAAUGCAGCAGUACUUGCAAACAACCAGCAAGUGGAAAUAGAAAGAUACAAAGAAAUCCUUAGAAAUGUGUUUGCAAACCGUGCGGAAAUCAGGAAAGAAUACCUGAAGUUGGAAAUGCAACUGAAAGAAAAUGCACUGAAGACACAUCACCAGAAACAGUGUCAUGAACAAAUUCAACUGAUGUGCUCUGAAGAAAGAGUAGAGAAGGCCACUUGCAAGCGGGAUCAAAGGCUUGCGACGCUUCGAACCCACCGUGUUCAGAUGCAGAAGAAGAAAGAAGAGGUGGCAGAACACUUUGAGGAAAACACAAAUUUGCUGCAUCGUGUUGAAAAUGAAAUGCGCCUACUGGGUCAAGAUGAGUGUAUUCCAAAGGAACUCUGUAAAGAACUGCAGUGUUGCCAUUUAAACCUGGAAGUUAAGGACCUGAAAGCCCAGAUGGAGCACAUGUUAUCUCUGGUGUCCCUUCAAGAUCAGCGUUAUAAGGAGACAGAAAAAGCACUUAAUACUUUACUUCCAGUUCUUCGCAAGCAAUACCUGACUUUGAAAGAAGCUGGACUGACAACUAGUUUAACUGAGUCUGAGUUUGGGGAGGUUGAGCAGUUGAUUCAAAGACAAAAAUCAGUAGUUUGGGCUGACCAGACUGAAGAGAAGGAACAAAGUCAAAACCAUGAACUGGAGUUGUCAGCUAUCUUUGCAUUCCCUCAACUUGUUAGAAGACUAAGCACCCCAUGCUCUACAACUUCUGGUGCACUGUCGCAAGAAAUUAAUAAAAAUACCCAAGAAAUAGAACGCUCGGUACCAGCACAGAGAAGAACGAGGCGGAAGCUGAUGGACUCUCCAGUGGCAGCUCAAGGUCUUGCUGCCCCUGGGCACUCUGGUCUCUGUCACCUGGAGGAUUCCCUCACCAAGGAGCUUCGCCCCAUCGUGUACACACCAGAACUUUGCAGAAAGCCGGCGCAAAGCAGCUGUACGCGGACUGUGGUGAAGAAAGCUUUGCACCUUGCAGGCCUUCGGGUAGCCAAUGCGGACAAUAUAGACAUACCAGUAAAAAAAGAGAGUAUUACGGACUGUACGUAUGACGUUAUCCCUGAGUGUGAUGAAGCUGAUAUGAACUCAACAGUAAUUAUCUAUGAAGGGACAGAUGAAAGAACUGAAAUGUCUACUGACUCAUCCAUGAAGGAGUCACAGCCAUGUAGCAGUAGCAUUCUGCAAAGGUUUGGUAUCUCUUCCUUAAAAACCAAAAAUCCUACUUCAGUGCUUGAGAAGCCCUCGUAUAUGGCAAUGACUUCUGCUGCUGAGAGGAAAAGAAAAGUAUUAAGUUCUGCAUCAAACACUGGGUUAAGCAGCCUGCAAGAGCCUAUUUCUGCAAAACGUAUUCGACAAGAGGGCUUGUUAAGCCAUAAAGCUUUGCGAGUACCCAAAGUGGCAGGAACUAAACCGAGGAGCUGGAAGCAAGAACAGGAUGUGCCAAGAAACCUACAUAGAAGCUUUUCCGAAGGAAACAUAGCAUUGGGUGUUAAAUCCAAGACAUCAAAAAGUCUUUUAUUUCAUGCUUGUAAGAAAAAAAAUAGGAUUUAGUUCCGAGUUCAUUCAUAUUUCGGGCAGGAUUGAUGGACAGCAAAUGAGUACAGGGUGACUUUCAUUUUCCUCUUGUGAAUUGUUUUGUGUUUAAGAUGCCUCUCUCAGUAAUGCACUAUUUCAAAAAGAACCACUGCUUGGAAAUACGAGGAUUCUGUUAAAUUCUAAAAUUAGCUCGUUUUUCAUCUCCAGUUAAAACUUAUAAAUGUCUUCUGUAUAUUAACAAAUGAAUAAGAAAUUUUAUUUGGACUUGGGAAUAGAGAACUGCAUAAUAUACCUUUUGUCUUAGUCUUCAUGAGCAUUUCCCAGUGUUUUACUAACAGGCUUCACACAAUGCAAGUGUUUAAGGAGAUCAGUGGUGCUCUAAUUUGUAGAUGCUACUUUAAGUUUCUUACUUACAGUCAGUCUUAAUUUUCUAAUGAGAACUGGGUGAUGCAAAAGUUAGAGAAAUUGUUUUGACCUGCUUAAUUAUUUUCACUGAAACUUCCUAAUGUGAGAAUUGUUUUUAAUUUGGAAGCAAGUCAAACAGAUGUUAAUACUAAAAUGUGUUCAUGCUUAGCAGUAGGAUAGCAGAUUAUUCUUAGAUACCAGUCUAGUACCAGGAGACAGAAAAAUAUUUACAAUAAGUGUUUUUAAUGAAGUAUUAUAUCUAAAUUUUUUAGCCUCUAUGUUUUCAGUGUGUUACUUUGUUGUAAAUGUUCUUUUCAUGUUGUUCAUUUUUUAAUUCAACUGUAAAUUGUUAACUACUUUGAAUAAAUGUUUAGCUCUAAUAAGAGCAAUAUAAUGUGAA